AUGGAAAGAAUUUAAGAGAUAAGCAGAUAAAUCAUUUAAAAUAAACUCAAUGAAGAUGACCAUAUAAAUGACAACUCUAAGCUCUUGUUGUACUUCAAGAAGCAAAUGAGCUUGAUCAAGCAUACUAAAUCGAUGAUGAUAGUUAACUUAGAAAACACUGAAAGGUUCGUAGAAACUGAACAAAUCAGAUUAAGCGAUUAUGCAGCUUAAACACUCAAUACAUCUGAAAUAUAUUUGUAUAAGUAAAGUUUGCUUGAGCAAAAGAAAGAUAAUGCUAGAUCACCAAAAUAAGGUUGGUUUUAUUUGAAAAUGCCUUUCUCCACCGAUGAGUCACUUCAGUUCAGAUUUUCCAAUAUUGAUGGCACAACGAUGAGAACUGGAAAGAUUCUUGAGCUUAUGGAUUAUUGUGCAGGAAUUGUGUCAUUUAGACAUACAUAUAGUCCUGAAACAGGCCUUACUCCUACUAAUAUAGUCACAGGCUGCUUAGAUAACGUCAGAUUUUUUUAAAAUAAUAUUCCAAUAAAUGAAGAUUUGUACGCUCAAGGUUAUCCCACUUGGGUUGGAAGCACUUCACUAGAAGUGAGAGUUGAUUUAUUUGGUAAGAAAUAAAAUCCAAAAAAUUAAAAAGACCAAUGGGAUCUUUAUGUAUCUGCCUUCUUUUUAAUGGUAGCGAAAGGGAAAGUUAGCCAAUCAAACUAUCAACUGCCAUAGUUAGAUUUCGAUAAAGAUGAAGAUUUCGAAAAGUUUUAACUUAGAUGGGAAAUGGGUAAAGCUCAUCAAGCAGAAAGACUUAAGUAAAAAAACAAUAAUUUAAUAAAAAAUCCUCCUACAGCUGAAGAGUCUCUUUUAUUACAUAAAAUUUGGCAAUUGACCAAGUAGUCUCCAAAAAGUUUUACAAGAAUAAAACAUACUUAAACCUCUAAAUAAAUUGUCAUGCAUCAUUAAGAUAAAAAUAUUUACAUGAAAGUAUUUGGUGGGGUUGUCUUGAGAGAAGCAUAUGAUUCAGCAUUCUCUGCCAUAUACUUAUUUUCUGGAGAAGAACCUGAACUUUUCCAUAUAGAUGACGUUUCGUUUUUAACCGGAGUUGAUAUUGGUAGCUUAGUAAACUACCAUGCAUAUAUCACUUACACUGAAAAGCACCUAGCACAUGUUAAAGUUGUAAUAACUAAAAUCGAACCAUGCGACGAAUAGAAUAAAAUAUACAAAACAUCUGAAGUGCAUAUCACGAUGUUUUCUAAAAAAGAGUUAAAAUAAGUUUAUCCAAAAUCAUAUGAAGAAUAAAUAGAUUAUCUGGAAGGUAAAAGAAGAAUAACUCAUAUUUCAAACACAAUUUGA